AUGCACUACACUGCAGCCUCAUGGCACAGAGUUUCAGACGAUACCAUUCGGAAUUGUUUCCUAAAAGCCGAAUUUGGAAAUGAAGUACAUGACCAUGGUGGAAAUAAUCAUACCGACGAUAUUUCAAUUGAUGAUGAAGAAUGGAAUCGACUUGAAGAGCAGGCAUCAUUUGAGGAUUACGUGAACGUUGAUGAAAACUUCGUGACUACAGAACCCAUGACUAUCGCUGAGAUAGUUCAGUGUGCAUCGCUGGACCUGGACGAGGAAGAAACUGACGAUGAGGAUGAUACAGAAGGGCCUCAGCAUUCCUUCGUGACGUUUAACGAUGCAGUAGAUGCAUUAGAAAUAAUCAAACAAUUUGUGAUGCGCCACAAUAUUUCUAACGAGAUAAUGUCAGAGAAAUCCCGUUGA